UCUAAGGAAGGAUGAACAUCCGAUGUGUCUGAUUAUACCAACUAGAAGGCCACAAAGAAAUUAGCCAGUUGGACCUAGCCUCUCAAGAUUUAACUUAUAUAGAUCCUAUCAUUGGGGAGUCAGGUUUCUGGCCUUCAAGAACCUCCAUUGCUCAAGACCACAUUGCAUGUUUUCAAUUCACUUUUGGUUCCUGCUCCUGGACUGGUCUGUUCAGAUUAUCAACUGUGGCCACUGGUGUGGUCAAUACAUAACUCUCAUAAAACAGCCCAGAGAACAUCAGCCUGGAGUGGGGGUGGGGACAUUCUCAUAAAAGCCAUCAGGAUGGAGCCCCUCUAAAGCAGAGAGAAUCUCAAGGUAUCUGAGUCCAUGAGCCUCCUUGCUCUGCUACAAGAUCAAAAAGAACACAGAGCAAACCAGAGCAGCUGCCCCCUGAACAGCCUUCCUGGGAAGAUGCACCUGCUUCUGCUCCUGCUCCUGCUCCUGCUGGCCUGCUUCCUGCCCCCCGGUACACAGGCAGGGGAGAUCCUCGGGGGACAUGAGGCCAGACCCCACUCCCGCCCCUACAUGGCAUGUCUGAAGAUCUCAGAGAAAGUGUCUGAGUGCUUCUGUGGUGGUUUCCUAAUACGAGAGGAUGUCGUGCUGACAGCUGCUCGCUGUAAUCAACGUUCAAUCACUGUCAUCCUGGGAGCCCACAACAUCAGCAAGACUGAGAGCACCCAGCAGGUCAUCCCAGUGAGCAGAGCCAUCCCCUACCUGAACUAUAAUGUUCACAAUGACAUCAUGUUGCUGAAGUUGGAGAGAAAGGCCAAACUGACCUCAGCUGUGCAGCUCCUCAGGCUGCCCACUCCCAAGGCCCAGGUGAGGCCAGGACAGGUGUGCAGUGUGGCUGGCUGGGGGAGAACUGCUGGCUGUAAUAAAAAACAUCCAAACACACUGCAAGAAGUGGAGCUGAUGGUGCACAAUGAUUCUCAAUGUCAACGUCAUCAUAAAUCAUAUAGCAAAGCCACACAGCUGUGUGCGGGAGGCCUACAAGGACAUAAGAGUUUCUUACAGGGGGACUCUGGGGGUGCCCUUGUGUGCAAUGGAGUGGCCCAUGGCAUUGUGUCCUAUGGAGAUGUAUGUGGAGAAAAAUUAGGGGUCUAUACCAGGAUCUCCAGUUACAUGCUGUGGAUAAAGGAAAUCCUGCAAGCACACACAGAAAGCUGACUCAAGGGGAGGACGCCUGACUAUGACUCCAGCAACGCUUGAAAAGGCACAGCAGUGGCCUGUCUCUCUGCCCAUCUCUCACUCAUUCUCUCACUCUCACUUUUGCAAUAAAAUAAAUUUUUUU